GGUUGGCUGUCUCUCGGUCGCAAAAUUUCCAAAGCUCCGUCGGGAUUAUCUUCGGUGCGGUGGUCAUUGGUCAACUUUUAUUUCGUAAAUUAGCGUCGAUUCGUGUCCCAUCCGAGGUUGAAAACGUCACUAAGUGUGGGCAUCGGGUUUCCGGUCGAGCCCGUGAUGGAUUUGCGCUGAAAAAGUAAACUUUCUUUCGAUUUUGCGUAUAAAAUUUGUAGUGUGCGACAAACAACGCUUCCGAAGCGGCUGGCGGCGGUGGCUGCGGAACGCGCGAUCCCUUCUGUCGGCGGUGGCGAGCCGGAUUUGGGUUCAACGACGACGUUUAAUCCGAUCUCUGCUCUUUUUCUUCAUUUGAAUGCAUCAGCGGGACGGUUCCGGUAUGUCGGUGUCGUCGAUGCUAACGCGCAUCAAACACUAUCUGGAAGGUCGGAAGCGUAAAAGCAGCAACGACGAUCCGUCAGACGCACCACUAACAACUUUCCCCAAAUAUCGUCGAGUCGCGGAAGAGCAGCAGCAGCAGGUUCCCAGGUUUAUUUCGACCCCGUUGAGUAAUGAUUUGCAUUCCAAGCCCGGAGCCGGUGACGAUAGGUUAAAGUAUUCGCACUCGUACAUACGUAAACCAAUGGCGGCGGAAUCAUCCAGCAGCAGUGGUGGUGCCGGCCAGCAGCAGCAACGGCAGAGUGCGUACUUUGGCGGUGUUACUGCCGGUAAGACCAGGCUCGAGUUUGCCGACAUUGAGUUCUCCGACGAUGACGAUGAUUUGGACUGGAUCAACCACCAGAUUGGCAGCCGGACAUCGUCCGCUAAGGACCAGGGACAGAAGAGCAACGUACAGCCACUGCGGUGUCCUCCGCCGUUGGCCAAACUUAAAACCUUUUCAACUCCGGUUCCGUCACUCUUUCCCAUUCGGUCGCAGCUGGUUGUCAACGGGAACGCAGGACACUCUGACCGAUCAUCGCAGGACACUUUUAAAAAGCCGUUUAUAUUCAAGUCCAAACAGCAGCAGCAGCCGCAGUCAACGAAACGCAACUCAAUUAUUGCCCAAAACUACAACCAGGACGAGGUGAACAAGUACCGUGCCCUGCUGAAGCGAUUAUUGCCAAAUCUAUACUCGCCGGAUGAGCCUACCGCAGCGGGGGCGGCUUCCCGAAAGGACUCUCUUCUCUCCGCUCACCACGACGAGUUCAACCUGUCCUCGUCGACGGCAUUGAAUGUUAGCCACCAUCAGCAACAGUCGUCGUCGCGUGCUGGAUCGCUGAUUCGACGGUCCAUCCCGGUGAUCGACCUUUCGCUAGAGGAGAGCGAUGCCGAGGGUCGGAAGAAGCGCACAAGCCUGUUCACCACCGUCGAUCUGUCGCAGUACGACGUAGCAGCGGGACAGCAGGAUGAGACGGUUCUGGCAACGCCGCCCAUCGAUCCAGUCAACACGUUACGGGAAAAGCUCGAAACGAACAGUAAAUUCUCCGAGGACGUAGUGGAAAAUGUUCAGCGCAAGUACAGCAAAACCUCCGACCAUCGGAAGAGCCUCAUCGAGCAAGAACGGGAAAAUUUAAAAGAGUUGCAGCGAAACACCCAACAGUAUGAGGGUUCGUUCGAACGCAAGCUGGGCGACUUUAUGCUCAAGUUCGACACGAUCGUGCUUGACGAAGAGGAAAGCGAAGAGGAGGAAGAAGCUUACCCGGAGCUGACCGAGGAGCAUCAGGGCGUAAUCAAGCGCGCCCUUUACGGCGGACCACGAACGGAUGUUGUCAUGAGCAAGUUCAACAUCAGCAUCACUCGUAACGAUCUGGCCACGUUGAUCGGCGAUAACUGGCUAAACGACGAGGUCAUAAACUUUUAUAUGAAUUUAUUGAUGGAACGUAGCGAGCAACGGGCGGAUGACGGAGUGCCCCGCGUGUACGCCAUGAACACGUUCUUCAUCCCGAAGCUACUGUCGGCGGGCCACUCGGGUCUCAAACGGUGGACCCGCAAGGUGGACAUUUUCACGUACGACAUCAUCCCGGUGCCAGUGCACGUUGGCCGUGUUCACUGGUGUAUGGCCAUCAUCGACCUUAAAAACAAAGCGAUACGCUACUACGACUCGAUGGGCACGCCCAACAAUCCGGUACUGAAUGCGCUCGAGCAGUACCUGCGGGACGAAUCGCUGGACAAGCGGAAGAAACCGUUCGACACUAGCGACUUCCAGAAGCAAAACAUGCACGAAUGUCCGCGGCAAAUGAACGGCAGCGAUUGUGGGGUGUUCAGCUGUAUGUUUGCCGAGCACGAAGCCCGAGGCCGUGAAAUCGGGUUUUGCCAACAGCACAUGCCGUAUUUCCGCCAGAAAAUGAUUUACGAAAUUUCCCAGGGACGAUUGCUGACUUAAGGUAAAGAAGGAAAAUCUCGAUAUUCAGUUUGAUACGAAAGUCGAAACAAAUACAAGUCGCUCCGAAAUCAAACUACUGCGAAAUAGUUUACACUAAGCUUAAUCUACAUGAUGAUUAUAAACAAACAAGAAACCAUCAACCCCAUUAUUUUGUUCGUUUUCAAGAAAGCUCUCCGAAAAUGGUGCUGUAUCCCGACACAGUUCUCAAGCAAAGAUUUUUUUCUGUAGAAAAAAAGUACAAGAUGGUUUGUCAGAGACAUAACCGACGUAAGACAAAACAAUUUUAAUGGGAUUGCUGAUGUUUUUCGAUUGUUAGUGAAAUGGAGAAUCAGAUUAUUCAGAUAUGUUUUGUAUGUCCUUCGGGCCCCGGGGGAACAUUACUGCCGAAAUGGCCAUUUGGGCCGUUAAUUUUUCAUGAGAUCCGCCACAUCAUGGCGACUUCCACCGUUCCGCUUGGCAAAGUGCAAAUUUCCUCCUUCUGCUGCUGGGGGAUCCUUCUUUCUGGUUUUGUUGGUCCUCUUCUGUUGGCUGCUGCUGCUCCGUGCCCCGCGCCAGCACGACGUGCACGGUUCGAGUGCUUGUUCCAAAAUGACUGGCGUUUGCGAAAUUUGCUGCUUAAAUAACGGCAGAUCCGGAGAAUGGGACAAAAGGGGCGCGAAUGCAUACACUCGCUUUAAUUGGUCAUCUGCUCGAUUUGUACUGAAAACAUUACUCAUUUUGAUUGCAAGGUUUAAGCGCUUUAUCUAUGUUUAGUCAAACUUAUUAUGUAAUAAAACUAUAGCUUAAGUCUUCCCCUUUCGACUGUUGGUUGAAUCUUUUGGAUUAAUCGAUAGGGGAAAAAGAUACAAGCGUUUGAAAUAUGAUUUUUUUUUUUCGCACGCUUUUGAUGCUUUGGAUCGAAUUUCUGAAAUGGCCCC